AUGGAGAACCGCGCCGCCCACAACAAGACCACGGACCCGGAGGCGUCCCGCCGACUGCCGGCCUUUUUCUCGCGGUUUUUUCCAGCCGGGAACCGGCGGCCCGGCCCGCCCCGGCAGAGCGCCUCCGCCUACAGCGAGCCCAGGGCACCGGAGGCGUCCCGCCGACUGCCGCCCUUUCUCUUGCGGCUUUUCCCAGACGGCAGCCGGCGGCCCGGCCCGCCCAGGGAGAAUGUCUCCGCCUACAACGCGACCCCGGAACCGGAGGCGUCCCGCCGACUGCCGCCCUUCUUCUCGCGGCUUUUUCCAGCUGGGAGCCGGCGGCCCGGCCCGCCCCGGCAGAGCGCCUCCGCCUACAAAAAGACCAGGGCACCGGAGGCAACGACGUCCCGCCUGCCGCCCUUUUUCUUUCGUUUUUUUCCAUCUGGCCGCCGGCGGCCCGGCCCGGCCAUGGAGAACGGCGCCGUCUACAACGAGACCACGGAACCGGAGGCGAAGGCGGCCCGCCGCCCCGCCUUGGGCUGCACCCUGCGGCACCUGCGGGGGUGGCGGCUGCCGGUCAAGGUGGUCCAGACGAUUUUCUCUUUUGUGGCUGUUGUUUGUGAAGAAAUUGUGGACUAUUGCAUCACUUGUAGUGGACUUUACUUUUUUGAAUUCACAAGCUGCAGUGCCUUUCUUUUGAGCCUCCUGAUUCUGUCUGUGUAUAGCACUAAAUUUUAUGAAUCACUGGGGGAAGAUAAAGUGCAGAAACUGAUAUAUUUGCAGAAUUUUUGGGCUGUGCUACUCAUAGGUGCCUGUUUUCUGUUAGCAUCAAUAGUGUUUUCUGCAACCUCCGCUGACUCUGCUGUUGAAAUUGCUGCAUGUGUAUUUGGAUUUUUUGCAAGUUUUGCCUUUGCAGCUGAAUUUGGUAUAGAGAUCUAUCUCAAGCGAAAACAAAACACUGGUGGACGCCCUGAAAAUCCUGGUAACACUCCGAGUGCCACAGAAAAUCAGCCAUUGAAUAAACGAAGCUAACUUCCUGAAA